UGAAUUAGUCCCCCAGCUCUCUCGCUCUGAACCCUAAAAUUAAAUACUUUUGCCUCAUCAUCAUCGUCCAAACCUAGUUUCAUUCUCGCUCCGAUCCCGCCACUUCACGGCCGCAAAUUCAACAAUUUCUUACUUUUCCAGCUCUUUAAGGAGGUUGGAGUGAUUCAAUUGAAGGAUAUCAAGUAUUAUCAGUUUUUUGUAUUUUGUUGGCCAGCCUCCAUAAUGGCUGUUCCCACAAAAUACCGUCUUAUUACUUACUCACAAGAGCUUGUAGAUGGGCAGCCCAUUUUUGUUUCGUCUAAUUGUCUUCCGGUUAAGGCAUUGAAAUAUGACCCGGCAGGUCACUCUUUCCAUGCUGCUGCUCUUAAACUUCUUGGUGUUACAAAAGAAGAUAACAAAGAUGCUGAUAAUAAGAAAGUGGUUGAAGAUAAGGAACAUGUUUAUUUGCCAUCUGAUUCUUACAGCAGCAAGAGCAAGAAGAAAUCCGGUGACGGAGACAAGCAACAAGAUCAUUAUGCAUUAUUGGGUCUGAGCCAUCUUAGAUAUCUUGCUACGGAGGAUCAAAUUCGUAAAAGCUAUCAUAAAACUUCCUUGAGGUUUCAUCCGGACAAACAGGCUGCUGCUGUUCUUUCCGAGCAAACUGAAGCUGCGAAAGAGGCAAAGAAGAUUGAAAUAGAUGUUCAUUUUAAGGCAAUCCAAGAGGCUUAUGCGGUGUUGGUCGAUCCCGUCAAAAGAAGAAUUUAUGAUUCUACAGAUGAGUUUGAUGAUGAGAUUCCCACUGACUGUGAUCCACAAGACUUCUACAAAGUGUUUGGUCCUGCUUUUAUGAGGAAUGGGCGGUGGUCGGUUAAUCAACCAAUUCCAUCUCUAGGUGAUGAUAAGUCUUCAAUAAAGGAAGUUGACAGUUUCUACAAUUUUUGGUAUUCCUUUAAAAGCUGGAGAGAGUUUCCCCAGGCUGAUGAGUUUGAUAUUGAGCAAGCUGAAUCCCGAGAUCAUAAAAGGUGGAUGGAAAGGCAGAAUGCAAAACUGUCGGAAAAAGCUAGGAAGGAAGAGUAUGCACGUAUCCGCACUCUUGUUGAUAAUGCUUAUAAGAGGGACCCUAGAAUACUUAGAAGAAAGGAAGAGGCAAAAGCUGAGAAGAAAAGGAAAAAGGAGUCCAAGUACAUGGCAAAGAGGUUGGAGGAGGAAGAAGCGGCCAGAAUUGCUGAAGAGGAGAAACAACGAAAAGCAGAGGAAGAUAAAAAAGCUGCCGAAGCUGCUUUGCAACAGAAGAAGGUGAAAGAGAAGGAGAAAAAGCUCUUGCGGAAGGAGCGAACACGUCUUCGAACUCUCUCAAGACCUAUCUUGUCACAACACAUACUUGAUAUUGCUGAAGAUGAUGUAGAAGAGCUUUGCAUGUCAUUUGAUAUUGAACAAUUGAGGGGUUUGUGUGAGAAAAUGGAAGGCAAAGAGGUGUCUGAGCAAGUAGAAGCUCUAAGAGAUGCACUGAGUUGCAAGAAAAACGUGGUUGAUGAGAAAAGUAAUCAACAAAAUGGCUCUGUCAAGGCUAAUGGAAGCAGUAGUUCUCUAGCAGGCUACAUAGAGAAGAAGGAGAAACCUUGGACUAAAGAAGAGAUUGAGCUAUUGAGAAAAGGAAUACAAAAGUUUCCCAAAGGAACUUCAAGGAGAUGGGAGGUUGUUUCAGAAUACAUUGGCACUGGAAGAUCUGUUGAAGAAAUAAUGAAAGCAACUAAAACUGUUCUCCUCCAGAAGCCCGAUACAGCCAAAGCUUUUGAUACAUUUCUUGAGAAAAGGAAACCAGCUGCACAAACAAUUGCAUCCCCAUUGUCAACUAGAGAAGAAUUGGAAGGGGUAUCAAUACCAGCAACAACAACUGAAAAUAGUGAUGCAAAAACAACAACUACUAUACCAACGCCGACGAUGACGACGGCAACAAUUCCAACACCGGUACCGACAGCAACAAGCAGCAUCAACUCGGAAGACUCUCAAGGAGUUUCAGAACAAGAGCCGUGGUCUGCAGUGCAGGAAAGAGCGUUAGUUCAAGCUUUAAAAACCUUCCCUAAGGAAGCUAACCAGAGAUGGGAACGAGUAGCUGCAGCUGUACCUGGGAAGACCGUGAUCCAGUGCAAGAAAAAAUUUGCCAUGAUGAAGGAAAAUUUCAGGAACAAGAAAACUGCAGUUUGAUUUAUCAUUCUUAGCCAAUAUAUGUGGAAUUUUUUUCCCCUGCUUUUAGAUUUUACAACUUAAACAGAAUUUGGGCUACUGCUUAAUCAUAGCUAGGCAUCUUGAUCAUUAUUAAAACCAACAGUCUAUCAUAGCACCGGAUAUAUGUCCCAUUUUUGGUUUGAAAGAGAACUUUGCUUCUUUAAAUUUUUGUUAUCUCAGCUAUCUGGAUCAGAAAGAAUGCUUUUGUAGUUUUUAUACUUGCUUCUUAAUCUUUAUUAUUAUGAUUAUUAUUAUUAUUAUUAUUAUUAUUAAGUAUUUUAGUCUGAA